UUAGUUCAUCAUUGGAUCUGCCCAAAGCCGAACCUGAGCCAAAAUGAAGCUGCUGCUCCUCUUCUGGAUGCUGUGUGGAGCGUGCGCUGUCAACGUGGCCGAGGCACUGCCUUGCGAUCAGCCGCCGGGUGUGAAGGGACUGUGUCGGAUGGUGUUGCCCAGAUAUACCUACAAAAAAGCCGAAAACGAAUGCGAAGUGUUCUUCUAUGGAGGCUGCAACGGCAAUGAAAAUCAGUUCGAGACCCAAGAAGAGUGCAGCAAGACCUGCGUGAAGCCUGCGUGAAGCCUGCGCGGUAGCUAAUAAGCUUUUUGAUAGAUAAAUAAACUGGUGUCCUGUUCA